UCAGUCGAUAAUUGAGCAUAUAGGCUAGGGCUAGAGAGUCUGACAGAACGGGCUAAAAUCAGUCCAUGGUACAGAGAUGCGAUUAAAAAAAAGAUGAGAGAAGCCGCCGAUGUUGAGACACGUGGUGAUAAAAUUGUGUGAGGUAAAAUUAGGCGCAGUGAAAAAAACGAGCAGCAUCUCGUCGCGAAAAAUGUCGAAGAAAGGGUCGUCGAAGAAGGCUAGUGGGAAGGUGAAAGCGGGCGAAAGUAUCGAGCCUCGCCUUUCCUGUCCAGUUACUUUGGACAAAAGCGGCAACGUGUUGAUCAAAAUUCAAGCCAAGCCGGGAGCCAAGCACAACAAUGUAACAGACAUUUCUGAAGAUAGUGUCGGAGUCGCGAUAUCCGCACCUCCAGUCGAUGGCGAAGCAAAUACAGAGCUGGUGAAAUAUUUGACAUCAGUAUUGGGAGUGAGGAAGUCGGACGUGUCUUUGGACAGGGGUUCGAAAAGUCGUCAGAAGACCGUAAUCGUGUCUAAUCAAACUGUGGAAAAGGUUCUAGAAAAGCUUCGAGAGGAAAUGCGGACGAGCGGUUGACUUCGGUUAGUUGUACGUAUGUAUUUCGGGUAAAAAUUCGUUUUAACAUACAAUUUUUAGGAUUAUCAACGAUCUCUGUUAAAUGGCGAGAUGAAACAACAAGCACACUGGUACACAAACAUAAAAGCAUACAAGUCAUGCACACAUACGCAAAUAUAUUUAUAUCAGUAUGUAUAUAAACUACAUUAAAUUACAUAUAUUAAAUACAAUCAUUAUAAUUAACCGUCGUUGUAAAUACGCGCGGAACUGACGUCUAAAACAUGGUAUAACUCUCAUAGUUUCGUUAUUAGAUUCCAGUGCGCGUGGCU